UUGUCUUGUUGCAGAGAGGAAAUUGCACGUUUAAGGAGAAAAUAUCACGGGCUGCUUUCCACAAUGCAGUUGCCGUAGUCAUCUACAAUAAUAAAUCUAAACAGGAGCCAGUCACAAUGACUCAUCCAGGCACUGGAGAUAUUAUUGCUGUCAUGAUAACAGAAUUGAGGGCAUGGCUCAUAUUCUACUUCAUUCAGAAGAUCAGGUACACAAAUGCACGCGACAGGAGCCAGCGUUGUCUUGGAGAUGCAGCCAAGAAAGCCAUCAGUAAAUUGACAACCAGAACAGUAAAAAAGGGUGAUAAGGAAACAGACCCAGAUUUUGAUCAUUGUGCAGUCUGCAUAGAGAGCUACAAACAGAAUGAUGUAGUUCGGAUUCUCCCCUGCAAGCACGUUUUCCACAAAUCUUAUGUGGAUCCCUGGCUUAGUGAACAUUGUACAUGUCCUAUGUGCAAACUUAAUAUUUUGAAGGCCCUGGGAAUUGUGCCAAAUCUGCUGUGUACUGACAAUGUAGCAUUUGAUAUGGAAAGGCUCACCAGAACCCAGGCAGUUAACCAAAGAUCAGCCCUUGAUGACCUUGCCAGUGACAACACACUCGGCCUUGAGCCACUGCAAACUUCCGGGAUCUCACCUCUUCCUCAGGAUGGGGAGCUCACCCCCAGAGCAGGAGAAAUCAACAUUGCAGUAAUGAGGUAGAAUGGUUUUGAAGAACAAAAAACUGCUUUCUGA